CUGAAAUUUAUCAGGACAGAUACCAAAAAACCCGAACUAGUGACGAAUGAAAAGCUUCAACUAUCUGUAACCCGGAGUGGACCAGACAGCAAGAAAUCUUAAUUCACAGAAGGAUCUUACUGACCAUAUAGAAAAUUUGAAUCAACCCAAACUUUUUUUACCCCAUUCCUUAUAACCAACCUAUAUAUAUAUAAGACAAUGAGCGGUCUCUCAGCUUUGACUAUGACUCUGCUUAUUCUUGCUGUGUCUGCCAGACCACCUCCUCAACUCUGGCAACUAAAGUCUCUCGCAGAUCUUCUGACCCGUGACCUCUCUUCCUCUGAGGAGAUGAGCCUGUUGGACAGUAUAGAGGAUUUAGGUGCAUCUCACACAGGUCCCCGGACACGGGAGUCCCCCCUUACACAAGACUCAGCACAGCUGCCCUCCAGUCGUGCUUGGCUUCGUCUCUUCAGUGACUUCAUGAAUAACCAGAAGAAAUUUAGGGGGCGUACUAAGAAAUCAGGAGUUACUCGUGGUUGCUUCGGCAUGAAACUGGAGCGUAUUGGAUCUUUUAGUGGACUGGGCUGCUAAAACCUUCAAUCCAGUGUGUUCCUUCACAAAACGACUCCCUACUUGGGAUGAACCACCCUACUUCCCUACCCUGCAGACAUGGCUUUCUUUGACUGCCAAUGAAGAAACUGUGAACGACAAUGAAAUUAUAAAAAAGGAACCUAAGCAACAUACUUUUUUUUUUGUUUUUUUAAACGACUUUAAAGAACAGUCCCACCAAGCAAUGGGUAAUAUACUACAUUUAUUUUGCUAUUAGAAAUCCCCUUUCAUCUCUACUCAGCAUUGGAUUUCUAACAACAUAAAUCUAUAUUUUGAAGUGGGACCUUGAUCUUUAAACAAGAAAAGUUUUUGAUCCAGUUAUUCUGGACUAACAACGAAGGAUUCUUUCCUGAUUAAAAAAAAAAUGUGACCUUUCUUUCAUUGUAAAACAGUAACAAAAAAAAAAGUGUAUUUCUGUUGUAAUGUUUGUCCUAAAAAUACAGCCCUUGUAUUUCUGUCCAACAAUAUUUAACAUUACGUCUUACAGAAAUUAGCUUUGAUGUUAAGGAAAUAUUUUACAUGAAAGUGAAACACUGAAGGAGUAACAAAAAUGACAUUUUAAAUCCUAAUAAAAACCUAACAUCGGAAGGACUUACAGUCUGUAAUAUUGUGGCCUGUUUUAACCACAAAUACAAAAACAAUUAACAAUGGGCAUCCAAUUGGUGAAAAAAAUAAAAAUAAAAUCCAGUGCUCUUUUUGAAAUGUUAAAGGGACAGUAAACUCAAAAUUACAAUUUUGUGUUUUAGAUAGAGUGCCCAAUUUUGGGGGAAACAAAUCCUGUUUACUUUUUUUAAUCUAAUUUGCUUUGUUCGUUGGUAUCCUUUGUUGAAAAUCAUACCUUAGUAGGCUCAGGAGCAUAAAUGCACUACUGAGAGCUAGCUGCUGAUUAAUGGUUGCACAUAUAUCCCUCUUGCCAUUGGAACACCUAACGUGUUUAGCUAGCCCCCAGCAGUGCAUUGCUGCUCUUUCAACAAAAGAUACCCAGAGUGUAAAGCAAAUUGGAUAGAUGUUUAAAAUUGUAUGCUCUGAGUCAUGAAAAAAAAAAAGUGUCAUGUCCCUUUAAUAUGCUCUACAUAUGAUAUAUUAUAGAAAAUUAUUUUUUUUUAUAAUUUACAAAGGCUUUCUUGGUUAAAUGCUCAUCAGUUUUCUAAAUUAAUUCCAAAUUCUUCUUCCCUUUCGCUAACAUUUCUAGACCACUCACCACAAAGUAAAGAAUAUGAAACAGAAAUUAGGUAAAACCUUUUAGCACCAAAUCUAUAACUACACAAAACUGGUACUCUCAAGCAAAAAACAAACAAACAACAACAGGUUAAAGUGCAUUUAUACUUAUUUUAAUUCAAGCCAAACAUAUGAACCAAUAGGCAUUGGGAGUUUCUCAAGCUUCAGGUUCAGUUUGGAAAACCCAAUGGUAAAAUUCUAAAGAUGAAAACAGACACCUUUUGACCCACACUUGUACGUCGGUAAAAUUAGCAAAUUAACAGAAAUUGAGGAAGGCUUUGUUGUAGUGAAAUAGCUUUAUUUUCCUUUAUUCAUAUUUACUGUUUAGUAUUAUUUCCUAGAAUCCUAGAUACAUUUUUGGAGUUUUGAUAAGUGUUUAACAAAGCCUUUUGUGAGUACAAUAAUUAGUCUACUUAUUUGAGUAUUGAUUGGUUUUUUUUGGUCCCUAUUAUAUUUGCUCACAACUACACACACAAAAAAUAAAUAGGGCAGCGCUACCAAGCCACUCAUUAAACAUAAUUAAAAGCAAUAAAAUAAAAUUACAUUGAAACAUUAAAAUGAAUUGCAUUCGAAAUUUGAUAAAUAAAAAUUUAAGCUGAUAAUAAAAUAUUAAAGAGAGGCCGGUGUCAAAUUGUAAUUUAAAAAAAAAAAAAUAGUCCAACUUACAAUAAAGAAAAUGUAAAUUCGAGUUUCAAUAAAAGAGAUUAUAUUAGCCGAUAUGUUAAACCAAAAAGUCACAGUUAUCUGGAUACUAUUGCUUGAUGACUUGGUGUCUUUUUUUUAUUAUGUGCUUGUUUGUUAUUUAUCACAUUUUGAAUGCAAUUCAUUUUAUUGUGUUCAUUUUAAUUUAUUUUAUUGCUAUUAAUUGUGUUUAGUGAGUGGCUUGUUUAGCGCUGCCCUAUUUUCUCUUGUGUAGUGUGAUCUUAUAUCUGUAGAAUUACAGAUUAAAGGAAUAUGAAACCCAGUGUUUUUCUUUCAUGAAAUGUAAUGUAAUAACAUGUAAUUUUAAGCAACUUUCUAAUUUACUCCUAUUAUCAUUUUUUCUUCUUUCUCUUGGUAUCUCUAUUUAAAAAAACAAAACAAAAAAAAAACAGGAAUGUACGCUUAGGAGCCACCAAUCAGCAAGCGCUACCCAGGGUGCUGAACAAAACAUGGGCUGGCUCCUAAGCUUACAGUCCUGCCUUUUCAAAUAAAGAUACCAAAAGAACAAAGAAAAAUUGAUAAUAGGAGUAAAUUAGAAAGUUGGUUAAAAUUGCAUGCUUUAUUUGAAUAAUUAAAGGAAAAAUAAUGGGUUUCAUGUCCCUUUAAGGGUGAACAAUAUUCACAAGUGUUCACAGGAUCAGGAAGGUUUGUGUUAUUUUGCUAUUAUAUAUGGUCCCCUAUCUAUGUCAAGUUUACACAUAUUUACAGACACAAACUACUAAAAAUGUACUAAUAAACUGUGUCCAAAUCUCA